AUGGACAACCUCCCGCCCUCCACGUACUCGCAGGGAGCGGCGCAGUACUCAGCAGCACCCGAAUCCUCUUUCGCAGACCACUCGUUCGCCGACAACGAUAUCCCCGCCGAAGGCGCCGCCACUGCAGACGGCAGCUACGUACCUCGCCCGAAGCGCAUCGCAUGUGUUGUCUGCCGACGAAGGAAGCUAAGGUGCGAUGGAAGAAAACCGAGCUGCGGAACGUGCUCGCGCUUGGGACAUGAAUGUGCCUACGAUGAAGUGCGCAAGAAGAGUGGCCCCAAGCGGGGGUAUGUGAAGCAGCUGGAGGCCCGACUAGCUCAAGUCGAAACCCUCCUCAAGGGCCAGGAUACCGACCUUGCGCCGCGAACCUCCCCGCCUCAGCCUCAGCCUCAAGACAAUCCGUUCAGUGCGCCCCUACAAGAUGAAUCUAUACUCUCCUUGCCGGACAUCUCGGGACUUGGUAAUGAUAUCGGGAGUGCGAUGCCUACAUCCGCGACUGGAAUGGGAGCCUCUCAACCGAGUGAGACGCUGUUUGAAGGCGCUCCGCCCAGCUUUCCCAGUGAUCCGCAGUGGGAUGUGAUCAGUCUGGGUGUGGAGGAACCCCUUCCGACCCCGGAUGUUGUCGAAGAACUGGACGCUCUAUUCUUUGAGAAGGUCUAUCCAAUGAUGCCCGUGAUCCAUCGUUCUCGGUACUUUUCCAAUCUACUUCUCUCUCCCCAAAUGCGACCACCCGUGUGUCUGCGGUACAUGAUGUGGUGCCACGCAGCAUCUGUCACCGACAAGUACUUCUUCUUGCAUAACCAUUUCUAUCAACGUGCACGAAAAUACGCCGAAAUGGAUGAGAUGAAAGGGUUCGGAGAGAGUGUCAUCAAUCUAGCAUAUUGCCAAACUUGGAUCCUCAUCGGCACAUACGAGUUCCGAAUGAUCUAUUUCCCUCGAGCUUGGCUCAGUGUCGGCAAGGCUGCCAGAUUAGCACUGAUGAUGGGGCUCAACCGAUUGGAUGGUGCUGGCCUUGAUGUUAAACAGUCCAUGCUCCCACCCAAAGACUGGACAGAGCGUGAAGAACGCCGCAGAGUCUUUUGGUACGCCUUUUGCACCGAUCGGUAUGCGAGUAUUGGAACUGGAUGGCCCUUGGCCAUUGAUGAAGGCGACAUCAUGACAAACCUUCCAGCUUCUGAAGAGUCUUUCUUGAAGAGCAAACCACAACGCACCCUACGCCUAUCUGAUAUUAUCGCCGGCGAGGGAGUGUCUACCCUGGCCCCGUUCGCGUGUGUGGUAGUUCUAGCUAGUCUGUUUGGUCAUAACUUGAUACACAUUCACCGGCCUCAGCCGCAAGACAACGACCAUGAUCUCAACGGCGAGUUUUGGAAGCGCCACCGGAGCCAUGACAACGUUCUUCUGCACAUUGCGCUUUCCUUGCCUGACCAUCUCCGACUCCCCAGCGGGAUGGAUGAUGUGAAUGUCAUCUUCGCUAACAUGAGCAUCCACACCUCCACAAUCUGCCUCCACCAGGCCGCGAUAUUCAAGGCCGAGAAGAACAAAAUGCCCAACCAAAUCAUCACUGAGAGUAAAAGAAGAUGUCUUGUGGCGGCCAACCAGAUCUCAAGUAUCAUGAAAAUGGUUAGCCACGUUGAUCUCAGUUUGCUUAACCCGUUCACAUCUUUCUGCCUUUACAUCGCAGCGCGAGUAUUCGUGCAAUAUCUGAAAUCCCGACCUGAUGACUCAACGGUUUACUCGUCGCUGCAAUUUGUCAUUUCAGCUCUAAAUGCGUUGAAAACCAAGAAUCCUCUGACCGAGUCUUUCCUGGUUCAGCUGGAUGUCGAUCUUGAAGGAACUGGAAUUCGAGCCGUAGAAAAUCUGAAAAGUGGCUCGUCCUACGCGGUCCAAGCGUUGCAGGCUUGUUGUUCAGACAACGUGGAUUCCAACUGUUUAUACAGUGCCCGCAACGCACAACAGCCCGACGUGCUAACGGGCUCCCUUCAAGACUCGGAAAAUUCAUCCGGAUCUACGCGGCAAAGUAUGACUGGCACGACAUCAUCUCUUCCCAGUCGACAUAGAGAUGUCCCAGAUAUUGAUUCCGAUCGUGCGGGCUCCGGUAGUAAUUCGCAACAUUUCUUUCCCCAUAUUUCCCGUCCAGGUAACGGGACUGGCCAAGGAGGCACCGUGGAUGUAGAUAUGGACUUUUCGCCCGAGUUUGGCCUCGGCGAGAGGAAUCCACCAUCCGAUCAUCCAACUCCGUCAACAUUUAACUCAUCUUCAAAUACCUCCUACUCAAUAUCUGGAGCCGACAGCCAAUCACCCGGGAAAAAGCAGCAGAAGAGCGUCCCAAGUUCUGCGACGUCCAUCGACAAGGUUCAUUCGGUCCACAUAUCUCGGUCCACUACUGAGGCUCCUCAGGUCCCUGCUUUGAGCUCUCUCGUGGGACAGGUGUACCCAAACAGCACUGGCUCCAUGGGAACCACGGAUGCGUCGAACGCCUUUCCCAUGUCUUCUUCAUGGGACAUGCCUACUCCAAAUUCCACAUUGAACAAUAUGGACUUUGGCAAUAUGAAUGUGGACAACUUAAGUGAGGCUCAGUGGGCACAGAUUUUGAACAACAACGGGAAUGGUGCUGGUUGGGAUGAUUGGCGCCCGUCAUGA